CCCUGCUGCCGCUGCCUCCUCCCUCCGUUCGCGGUGGGCCCGUCAGUCUCCGCACUGUGCGCUCCUCCGUGUGGGCCAUGGAUGGUGUUGUUACAGAUCUUAUAGCAGUCGGUUUAAAGCGGGGUUCUGAUGAGCUUCUUUCUUCCGACAGCGUUAACGGACCUUUUACCAUGAACAAUUCCACUCGUUCUGCAGGUGUGUAUGCUAAUGGGAAUGACAACAAGAAAUUUAAAGGAGAUAGACCUCCCUGUUCGCCUUCCCGUGUUCUCCAUCUUCGCAAAAUUCCAAGUGAUGUCACCGAAGCAGAGGUCAUAUCAUUAGGUCUACCAUUUGGCAAAGUAACUAAUCUUUUGAUGUUGAAAGGAAAAAGCCAGGCUUUCUUAGAAAUGGCUUCUGAGGAAGCUGCUGUUACUAUGGUGAAUUAUUACACUCCUGUUACUCCUCACCUUCGAAGCCAGCCUGUUUUUAUUCAGUAUUCCAAUCACAGAGAACUUAAGACUGACAAUCUGCCUAAUCAAGCUAGAGCCCAAGCGGCACUGCAGGCUGUCAGUACUGUCCAGUCAGGAAGUCUGGCCCUUCCUGGAGUUCCUGCUAAUGAAGGCCCAGUCCUGCCUGGGCAGAGCCCUGUGCUCCGAAUAAUUAUUGAAAACCUGUUUUAUCCUGUUACCCUGGAAGUUCUUCAUCAGAUAUUUUCUAAAUUUGGCACAGUCUUAAAGAUUAUCACCUUUACAAAGAAUAAUCAGUUUCAAGCCUUGCUUCAGUAUGCUGACCCAUUGAAUGCACAUUAUGCCAAAAUGGCUCUGGAUGGCCAGAAUAUCUAUAAUGCAUGCUGCACUCUGCGUAUUGACUUCUCCAAGCUUACCAGCCUUAAUGUGAAAUAUAAUAAUGACAAAAGCAGAGACUUCACUCGCUUAGACCUUCCUACUGGUGAUGGCCAGCCAUCCCUUGAACCCCCUAUGGCUUUUGGUGCACCAGGAAUAAUUUCCUCACCAUAUGCAGGGGCUGCUGGAUUUGCCCCAGCCAUUGGAUUUCCUCAAGCUACAGGUCUGUCAGUCCCAGCUGGACUAGGUCCCGGAGCUCUUGGUCCUCUCGCAAUCACCUCCUCUGCUGUCACUGGAAGGAUGGCCAUUCCUGGGGCUGGUGGUAUACCGGGAAAUUCUGUUCUACUUGUCACCAAUCUUAAUCCUGAUCUUAUUACACCACAUGGACUUUUUAUCCUAUUUGGAGUGUAUGGUGAUGUACAUCGAGUGAAGAUAAUGUUUAAUAAGAAAGAAAAUGCAUUGGUUCAGAUGGCAGAUGCAAGUCAAGCUCAGCUAGCAAUGAACCAUCUGAGUGGUCAGAGACUUUAUGGGAAAGUGCUUCGUGCUACACUGUCCAAACAUCAAGCAGUUCAGCUUCCUCGAGAGGGACAAGAAGACCAAGGUCUGACUAAGGAUUUUAGCAAUAGUCCUUUGCAUCGCUUUAAAAAGCCUGGCUCUAAAAACUUCCAGAAUAUUUUCCCACCAUCGGCUACUCUGCAUCUUUCCAACAUCCCCCCCUCUGUUACAGUAGAUGAUCUGAAGAACCUUUUCACAGAAGCCGGAUGUUCAGUGAAGGCUUUUAAAUUCUUUCAGAAAGAUCGCAAAAUGGCACUCAUUCAGUUGGGUUCUGUGGAAGAAGCAAUCCAGGCUCUCAUUGAACUUCAUAACCAUGACCUUGGAGAAAAUCACCACCUCAGAGUUUCCUUCUCAAAAUCUACAAUCUAACUUUUCUGUGAAUUUUUCUCCUAAGACUGGACCAUAAUUUCAGUAAAACCUUCAGACAUAGACUGAAGCAGCUCAAGACCAAUUCUGCCUCUUUCACAAAAAUAACUCUUCCUGAGUUUUGAUAUUCAAGUAUAUUCAAAAAAUCAUGGGAUGUUCUCUUUUUCCUUAAACCUUCUGCCAAUACGUCAUCAGAGGCGUGUUUUUCCUUUGUACCAUAGUUUCUAAAAUGAAAAUAAUCUUCAGGAAAAAAGAAUCAGGAAAAAAUUUUUUUUCAAUAAUUUAAUUCCCUAUAUUAAAUUGGAUUUCAAGAGGACGGUCUUUCUUUGCGUUUGGGUCCAGAUCAGCCUUAUACAACAUUUCUAAACUCCUUUGUACUUCGAAAAAUUUAAACAUAUAGACUUUUAAAAUUACUUGACAUAAGUAAUUUAAAUUACCUACAACCAAGUUUUUAACUGUAUGAUUCAGAAGUUUGACUCCUCUAGAGAACUGUGUCCCCUUGUAAGUUACAUCAGUUAUUUGGCAUAUACUGAUACUUACUAUACAUAAACAAAUUGGGUUGUAUUGGAAGCAAAUUUAUAAAUCUGCGUGUUUUCUUUCAAUUUUUUUUCCACUAUAAGACACUCCUUUGCAUACCUUUAACUUUUUAAGACUAUUUGGAGAAUGAAGUGUCUCAACUGUCUCCAGGGAAAUUAAGUGGAAUCCAACCAGGAUCUAUUAAGAUGUCAGAAUAAUUAAUAAUUUUAUUAGGAAAAGUCAUGUUUUAAAUUUCAAAAUGACACUUGCCGAAUAAUAUAAUAUGAUCUUGGAAAAUUUAAAAAGAAAAAUAAUCCUACUUAUAAACUACUUUUUUAUAGUUGUUUUCAGAAAAAAGUUUACAGUCUUAAGGAAAAUAUUCAGGUCUAUCAUAUGGUUUGACAGAUUUUUUAAAAGUUAUUUUUGGUAAAGUCUUCUUUUAGAAAAAAAUCAAUCUCAAGGGUUUUUUGUACCACUAUAAUCUCUAAUACUUAUUCAGAAUUACUGUGUAUUUACUUAAUUUCCUAUUAUGUGCCUUAUUAUGUGCUUAUGAUAUAAUAGGUUAGACUUUUAUCUAAGUAUCUUGAAAGCUAUAUCGUGGGCUUGGUGAGCAUUUGGUUUUUUCUUUCCCUGUUCUGGUAAGGAUUUUAAGGUUUUUUUCAUUGCAAUUUUAAGUGAUUUUCAAUAACUAGUAGUUUCUAUUCAAAUUUUUUGGUGCUUUGGUAUAGAGAUGGGGUGAGGAAGGGUUAAACGGUUUGGGGAAUAACUCAGUGCACACCUGUAGGCCUCUUCAUAUUGUGACCAAUAGUGGUCAUUGCCAGUUAUAGCAUACCAAUUUGGGGCUAUAACAUGCAGUCUCAGUUCUGGAUCUUGUCUGAUCUUUAUCACCCAUUAGAAUUUGUCUCAGGAUUACUUGGUUUUUGUCAUAUACUCGUGAGAACUUGCUUUUCUUUGUUAAUGUAACUUCAUUACUGAGUGCCCACAUAUAUGGAGUAUGAGAAGGUAGAUUCUUUCUCAUACUGUGUCCCUCUUUUUAGUUGAAUGUGAGAGUACAUUUUAAUGUUGCUUCAGUGAUUGUAUAAUGUAAAAUUGUUUCUUUUUAGUUAGAUACUUUGCUUUUGUUAAUUAUUCCUUCAGUGCUUGAUCGGAGUUUUUUAAAGCAGAAUUUGUUAAAAGGGUCAUUUUUGUCCACCCCUUUUACACUUCUCAGAUUCUCAGAGUGGCUCAUCUCACCUUUUAAAAGAAUAUCUCAAUUUCUUUGCUAUAUUCCAGCCAUUAAUUUGAACACAGGAAGAAAUUUUAUAAAAAAUUGGAGACUACAAAAGGUAAUUGUUAAAAAGCAGAAUUCACUCAACGCUGAGCAACAAUUAGUUGGUAGAAUACAAAGGAGGACACUAUAUUGAGAUCUUUCAAAUGGAUCAGUUUUAAUAUUGGCUGAUAGGUAUAAUCAUUUAUCUAAUUUUUAUUUUUUCACUUAUGAAAUAUAUUUUUACCAAAACACUGAGUAAGAGGGAAGGGGGAAAAAACAAUUUAUUUAAGAAAUCUCCCCAAAUUGCUUCAUUUUUUUCCUUCCAUACAGGCACUAUUAUAAUUUACAGUGGAAUGUUAAAUUGGUUUUUUUUUAGUUGGGAAUUAUUGUGUAGUUUAAUUCAUGAUUCCUAUAACAGUCAGUGUAAGUGUAGCAGAAGUGUAGCAGAAGGGAGAUCACAAUGGUAUUGAAUGUAAUUUUGAAAUAGGGAAUGGCCUUUAUAUUUGAGAGAACAUUUGAAUCCUUUUCAGGGAUUUGCAUGCGCGUAUGUGUGUGUGUGUAUAGAUAAGUAUAUACAUACGUACACUUUUCUAGUGUUGUACAUACAUAUGCACAUUACAUACAUCUUAAUUUAUUGACAAAGAACAUUAAUCAAAUUAAGAUUUGGAAAAGGUGAGAUAUUCUUGUUUAAAAUAGUGUGUUUGCAACCAUCAAUUUGUGUCUAAAAUUAGCUGUAGCACAUGGAUGUUGUCCAUAUUGGGCUCUUUGCUCUUUGAAUUAUAGAGGUCUACAGUAUUUGUGUUGCUAUAGUUUCUGUAAAAAGAUUUUAAAAUAUCAGGUCAGUGGAAAAACUAGAUCUUUGGUUUUUUUGUUUUGGCAUGCAUUUAGUUGAUAUCUUCUGAGCAAUGUUUGUUUUUGCUGUUGAGCUGUCAUAGUAUCCUAUUUUUUAGUUUAUUUACUUAAUUUUAAGGAGUAUUGUCUUAUUUUUGGAGGUGUCUGACUUUGACACAAAGUAUGUAUAUUCAGGACUUGAUUAAAAAAUAGCAGUACACAUUUAACAGCAAUUUAUGCCAAAAAGUUCUACUUUGAGAUUUAAAUAACUUGCAUAGCAGUAAAUUGUGUUUCCUGUGAGAUACAAAUAGAAAAAUAACCUUAAUAAUUUGAUAUCUUACAGGAGAGUAUCAGAAUUACCCAAUAGCUCCUGCAGAAUGCCAUAAAUUCGUUAUUUAAGGCUAAAUAUUGUAAUGUUAAUUUGUAGUAAUGUUUCUGAUUUUGUUGAAAGUUGCAAAUCUCACAGUUUUUAGAGACACAAUUUUUGCCUGCCUAUUCCUUAUGGAAGCAGUGCCCUUUUUUGGCUCCACCUAAGAUGGUGAUUAUAGGUUCUGCUUCAGUUGAUUAAAAGUAAUUCUCAUGGGGGCUUCCCUGGUGGCACAGUGGUUGGGGGUCCGCCUGCCGAUGCAGGGGACUCGGGUUCAUGCCCCGGUGCGGGAGGAUCCCGCAUGCCGCGGAGCGGCUGGGCCCGUGAGCUGUGGCCGCUGGGCCUGCGCAUCCGGAGCCUGUGCUCUGCGGCGGGGGAGGCCACAGCAGUGAGAGGCCCGCAUACCGCAAAAAAAAAAAAAAAGUAAUUCUCAUGAAUGUCUCUGAUCAGUUUUAUAUAAACUUUUGAAAGCUUCCGUGUCAUUAGGCAGCAAAGGUUAUACAUUUAUAUUAACAUGUAAUUCCUCUUCUGUUUCCACUAAGUAUUUUUGGACAAAAGAUGACAAGCUCAGAAGUAUGUGUUUUCCCCCCCAGUGAGUCACUUAAAAGGCCUGUUUGCCAAACUAUCAGCCUAUCUCUUAGAAAACCUAGUGUGUACUGCUAUUUUUAAAACCAAAAAGACAGCAUGACUCUGCGUAAAAGCAUUUUUCUUAACUUUUCCUUUGUUUUGAUCUGUUGUUAACAAGAAUAAAACUGCCAGACUUAAAAUAUUCUACUAUUGUGCUAAAAGAAAUACAAUUUAGAUUGCACAGAACUUUUUCUUUAAAGAAAAUAUAUAACUCAGCUGUCUUUUAAGAGCUGUGUUAUUGUCUACAAGACUAUUUGCAGUCUUUUUUCAGAGCAAAUUUUAACAGCUAGUUGUGAAUGAUUUAAAAAAUAGAAAAUUACUAAAAUAUUAGUUUUAGGGGUUUUAUAGAGGGAGAAAAAACAGGACCAAAGGUUAUGUGCCUUCUUCAGUAGUCUUAAUUGAUCUUUUCUUCCUAUUUGAGACUAAGGUAGUAUCAGUAUUCUGGUUUUCAGGAAAUAUAUACUAUAGUUUUAAAAGAAUGUUGUCCCACACACCAUCCGUUCAAGCAAACAGUUGUAACUGUAAAAUGAAGUCUCAGUUACACUUUUUGCCUUCAUCACAUAAUAUUCAUUAUAUAGCGUUGUGCAGGUCCAAGAACAGAGCUGCUCUUAAUCUUUGUGGUAGUCAUCUUAGUUUCUGUAACCUGAGGCAUAUGUUCCAGAGAACAGGGAUAUUUUUCUGGGCCAGUGACCUUGGUGAUAAUAGUCAUGAUUGAAAGCUGCUCGUGGCAAGCUUAAAUCAGCACUGUAAACAGAUUUUUGUUGUUGUUGUUACAUUAUUUUUAGUUCUUGAAUCUAUGUAGUAGUUGUAAUAACAAAUAUUCAAAUAGCUAUUUUUGAUGUCAUUAAAAAAAAUCAUACUCUAGCCUUUUUUUCCCCUUACCAUUGUUACCCAGAUCUUUAAAAAAUUCAUCCCACAUCCAAAAAGUACUAAUUAUAAAGAUUGCUGACCAAGCAAAGUUUUGCAUCAAAAUGUCACCUCAUUGCUCUGACCAAAGACUGACUGUUCUGGUUUUGACUCCUUUCUGUUAAGCAUUUCUUUUCCCAAGCUCCUUUCUGAAAGAAGAUCCAGUGCAAAGCGGCCUUUACUUUCUAUUUCCUAUCGGCGAAUAGACUACUUAGAGAAAAUGGGAGUUUAAAUGUGAACAGAAUGGAUUAGGACAACAUGGGUUUCAUGGGCAUUUUCAGUACUGUAUUUAAGAAAAAAAAAAAAUAGCACAGCUAGGAGCCUCUGACAUUGUCUCGUGUUUUAUGUGGUCUGUUCAUAAAAUUCCCUUUUUCAGUUUAUAAGAAUGUUCAUCUAACAGAAGAAAAUGCUGUAAAUAUUUGUAACAACAUUUUUUUUAAAACCAGGCCGAAAAAGAAAAAAAAAAACGGUUUUUGGGAACAAGUUAACAUAUAAAGUGGUUUUAUAUAAAACAUCAGUUGUCUUGUAUAUUUUGAUAAGCAGCAGUACCAGCUUUCAUUUGUAACACAGUUUGUGGCAUUGGAAGAAAAGGAUUCUGUGAUUAUUGAAGUGAAUUAUGUUAUAAAUGCGAAGAGAAGAUAAAAUAUUAAAAAACAUAUUUUCUGAGUGCGUAGUGCAUGUUUAAUUCAAGCUUCUGUACACUACAGUAUAUUCCAUUUUUGUUCAGUUUGUAUAUUUGCUGACUAUUACUUGAUAUCUCUAAUCUCUUUCCUAACAAGUAUAGCAUUGUAGCAUGCCUUUUAAUAAAUGUCAUGACAUCUGUACUCUCUUAAAAAUAUUUCUGUGUUCUUGUCUGUACUUUGGGUUUCCCCUUGUCUUACCUGUAAUUCUAAUGAUGUCAUAUUUUCUUUGUCAUAGCCAUCCAUCUAAACUUGUUAUAGUGAGAGCAUAGUAAGCACAUAUUCAUACCACUUUAAAAACUGAAAAACCUUAAGUCUACUAAUCACCUCUCUUUUACUUAAGGGACAGUUCUCAUUUUGAGAAACAAUGCUUUUCUAACCCUCCUACAAAUAGCUUCUUCAGUGGCACGCCCCCUUUGUACAAGUACAUGGCACAUUUGCAUGAGUGAUGUCUUUCGCUCUCUUUCUAUGCAUCUCUCUCUCUCUCUCUCUCUCUCUCUCUCUCUCUCUCUCUCUCUCUCUCUCACUCACACACACACACACACACGUGCAAUGCCAAAGAAGAGUUGGAACAUUUUUUCCAGUUCAGUUUUUGACUUCCCUAGGGGAUGAGUAUACAUAAAUUUUGAGACAUUUCGAGGUGUGAUCACAAACCAAGUUUGUGGGGUUUUUUGAUUAAAGGGUAACACAGUUACCAGCUGCCUAUAUAUUGCUUUUCCAUAGGCAAAUGUUUUAUUUCUAGGUUCUUUAAAGCGUUAUUGGAUUGUAGGAGUCUAAGCAGUCAUUUAUUUUAAUCUUUUAUUCUAGGAUCUCUUUUUUUUAAUGUUUAUUUAUUUGACUGCGAAGGUCUUAGUUGCCGCAUGUGGGAUCUUUCCUUUGGUUUGUGGGCUCUUUGUUGCUGCGUGCGGGCUUCUCUAGUUGCAACACAUGGGCUUCUCUCUAGUUGUGGUGCACGGGCUCUAGAGCACACGGGCUCAAAAGUUGUGGCACGCGGGCUUAGUUGCCCCACAGCAUGUGGGAUCUUAGUUCCCUGACCAGGGAUCAAACCCGUGUCCCCUGCAUUGGAAGGUGGUUUCUUAACCACUGGACCACCAGGGAAGUCCCUAUUCUAGGAUAUUUUUGCAAGUGGGAAUUUUUUCUUGGGGGGGUGGGAUUUAUUUUUAAUGGAAUAGAAAACUAGGUAACUACUGCUGAUCUUUGCUGGCUCAUCUAAAAUCUAUUGUCUCCGUGAAUGUAACUAGAUCAGCUUUUUUUUUAAGAUCUAGAGGCAUUUUUAUCAGGAAAAGAUAAAAUAAUCCUAUGGCCAAAUAGGCUUUUAUAAACUUGCUUGACCAUGAAAUGCUUAUUUACACAGCAGAGGCUUGUAACCAUCAUUAACAGUCACAAAGUCUUGAGUAUAAAUGGAUCUAAGAGGCUACCUAGUUCAAUUUCCACCUUUUAAAGAUGAGCAGCUCAGAGAAGGAAGUGACUUGCCCGAGGCCACAUGCCAGUCAAUGGCAUAGUCUGGACUAGAACCCAGGUCUCCUUAACAUUAUCCGGUACUCUCCAUUGCACCCUGAUGUUGCAGUUCUGUGCUGCCAAGUGCUGUGAGGGUCGUGUUCUUGAAGGUCUGUACAUGGGGUUGGGGCGUUUAUAUACUCUUCUGAGUAUAAAUUCCCAAAACCAAUUUAAAGGCAUUGCAUAAGUGCUGGGGGUGUUUUUUUCUGCUGAAGAGUAAAAGUGCCUACCUACUUCUGAAAACUU